GCUCUCUCUUCUGCAUCGCCAUCUCGACUGCUGCGCAAGCAGCCACCAAGGACUUACAACCGUGUGAAAUUCCACUCUGACUAGAUCUGACUCACUCCGUACUGGUACUCUUCCCGCCGAUAUACACAUAUAUAUAUAUAUCUUCGCAGUGCGGCGCUUUCCCGGAUAUCCACUACGCCUUUAGCAUCCGUUCGCCACUAUGACUAGCCUACGGUCCUUCCAGACCGAGAUCGACGAAAUACAUCACCGGGAGGCCGUUAAGCAGCGUUUACAGACGCUUUCUGAGCAGGGCGGGCUGAGGGAAUUGCUGCUUGCGAAUGAUACAGGCAGAGCCCGCGACCUCGUAGCCAGCAUACUUACUCGCAGACGAGGAGAACUAGUGUUCCGUAUAGGUGUACGACCGGCGCACGAUAAGCUGUUUGCAGGCGGGGAUCUAAGAGACUCAGAUCCACCACAGGGUGUUCCUCGCAUGGCUGAGGAAGUAGACAUCCUUUGCGCCCGAAUAGCCGAGGUAGUGGAUGAGCUGGGAGGGAAGACCUCGGCUUUGUACAAAAUAUCGGAUGGUCCUCCUCGAGCCGCAUUAUUAUUACGACUACCCCCGCCCAGCGUAGCGUUAACACCUGAAGUCCGCUGUGCAGUUGUGGGCAAUGUUGACAGUGGGAAGUCUACCACUUUAGGUGUCCUCACACGUGGCGCGUUGGACGAUGGCCGCGGACGGGCUCGCGUUUCGCUCUUCCGGCACAAGCAUGAAAUCGAGAGCGGCCGUACAUCGAGCGUGGGCAUGGAGAUCCUCGGCUUUGGGUCCUCGGGCGAACCCAUUCUCCCUCUGUCGUCGCAUGCCAACGAUCCCGAGGCGAUUCGCCACGAGAGGAUGAGCUGGGAGGCGAUAUCUAUACAAGCGGCCAAGAUCGUGUCUUUUAUUGACCUGGCUGGGCACGAGAGAUACCUGAAGACCACGCUCUACGGACUCACGUCCGGCGCGCCGUCUUGCGUUAUUCUCAUUGUAGGCGCCAACGCCGGGCUCAUUGGGAUGUCGAAGGAACACCUUGCUAUUGCGCUAGCAUUAAGUGUGCCCGUGGUUGUCUGCAUCACUAAGAUCGAUAUGACACCGCUAAACAAGCUUGCCGAGACGAUCAAGCAGGUUACGAAGAUACUGAAGAGCCCGGGAUGCCGAAAAACGCCGGUAUUUGUAAAGACUAUGGAGCAAGCUGUCGAAAUCUCCGAGGUCUUUGCCAAGCAGCGAUUAUGUCCUAUAUUCCAGUUAAGCAACGUGACAGGACAGGGCCUGGACUUCCUGCGGACAUUCCUGAACCUUUUACCUCCUAGCGAGGGCGACACUGAGAAGUUUACGGCCGACCAGGCACUAGAGUAUUGCGUAACCGAAGUUUGGUCUGUACCAUACGUUGGCACAGUAGUCGACGGUAUCGUCAACUCUGGCCGAUUGAAAGCGGGUGAUGCUAUAGUAUUUGGGCCGGACUCCAACGGCAAAUUCGAAAGCACGGCCAUCAAGUCAAUACAACGGAAGCGCGCACCAGUCAAUUCUGCCGAGGCCGGCCAAUGCGUCUCAUUGGCCCUGAAGCGUGUUCGGCGAGCCGCUGUGCGAAAGGGGAUGGUCAUCGUGCACAAAACCGACGCUCCCCCGCCACGAGCGGUGAGGCAGUUCGAGGGACAAGUCCUUAUCCUCUACCACAAUACGACGCUGCAGAAGAACUACCAGGCGAUGUUGCAUUGUGGUGCCAUCCGGCAAACAGUCCGAAUACUGUCAAUGGACCAUCCACAAGGCGUUCUCCGUACGGGAGACCGUGCUACGGUCACGUUUGAGUUUAUCUCGCAUCCUGAGUUCUUAAAGGAAGGAAUGAAGCUACUGUUUCGCGAGGGAAAAACGAAGGGCCUUGGCGUCGUGACCAAGCUAUUAUAAGCCAGCGCGCUUUCGUCGUCGCUCUGACCUCCGACAAGCCUAUGCUUAGCCCCGCCUUUUGCACUUCGGCAUUGAAGACCAGCCUAGCUAUUCCGCUCGGAACACAGCCGAUGAUCCGCAUACAGUACAACCCUACCUUGUCCGCCCCCUCGGCGCAACCCUUUCCAAGGCGACACGCCUGCCGAGUGAUUCCUCGACGGCCUGCCCCUUAUUCACCGCCCUGUACUGGAAAUGUAGCGGAUGUAUUAUUAGUGUUUCUCCGAGGCAUGCUGCUUUGGUAUCAUGAAAGGAUUACUGCCAGCAUACUUCUUUGCUAUAGCCCUGUGUGGCGAGCUUUAUCUAGUGCCAUCCCUACGCAGACAAGCCGGGCUUCACGGGGCAGCUCGUUAUGCUCCGCUCCGAUUUCCCAAAUAACAUGGCAACCUGUGUAUUGGCCAAAUGGAAGCUGCUGCCUGAGAUGCAGAGCAUAUCGUG